AUAGCUAACGUUGCAACAACAGCCUGCGAUACCAUUGUACAGCUAAGACAUCUACUAACAGAAAACAUACAGAUUGGCACUAUGAAGGUCCUUGUGUUCCUCGCCUGCCUAACAGUAGCAAGCUGCCUCCCUCUCAGUGAAGUGGUGGACACAGAUCUUCUUUACAGGAUCACAAAAGAUAUUCCGCAUGUUACUAUUCCACAUGUCACUAUUCCUCAUGUCUCUAUUCCCCAUAUCACCAUUCCACAUGUCACAAUUGGAAAACGAGAUAUUGAAAUGAGAGGUUUGUUUGAUGGCCUUUGGUACAAAUUCGAGCCAAUACUUCCAUCAUUUACUCUCGCAGACACAGUUCUUGGAAAACGGGACAUUGACGCACGAUUUGUUGUCAUUGCAGGUGACGCAUACCGUUCAAGAUUUAUUCGGAAGACAGAAGAUAUUGCAAUGUUACUGUUAUAAAAGAAACAAAAUGGACGAAUAAAACACAUAUAAUUAUUAA